AUUAAAGACAUGUCAUCGGCACAUUUAUCAACAGGACGUUUGAAUGUGGGAAUUAUACAAAAACAAGCAAGGAAACAGUUACUCUGUUUGCUUGAAAAAUGUGAUGGUACAAAGGCAAUUAUAUGGGAUCAAUCUCUUGAAGGACCAAUUGGUCUUGUUGCAAAAUACAGUUUGCUUGAAGAACAUGAUGUUGUCAAAAUGUAUCCUUUAUGUGGUGGAAGUUUGACAAUACCAGCAAACAUUGUUAAUAUAAUAUUCAUAACUAGACCUCAGUUAGGACUUAUGGAUUUAAUUGCUGAAAAUAUUCAUGGAGAAGAAGGAAAAAGACCACGCAAAGAAUUUCACUUGUUUUUUGUACCAAGGAAAAGUCUUCUUUGUCAAAAAAAAUUACAAAAUCGUGGUGUUUUUGGUAGUUUCACAUUAAUAGAAGAAUUUAAAUGUGACUUAUUCCCUUUUGAUAAUGAUCUCCUUUCCAUGGAACUUAGUGGAUCAUUUAAGGAAUUUCAUUUAGAAAAUGAUCCUACUUGCUUAUAUCAAGUUGCACAAGCUAUUCAUGGAUUGCAAAGAUUAUAUGGAAAAAUUCCAAAAGUUACUGGAAGAGGACCUGCUGCUAGUAAAGUUUGGAAAUUAUUGGAAAGAUUGAAUAGAGAAGAAGAUGAGAAUAAAACAACAUUGAUUCAAUCAUCUACUAUAGAACAUUUGUUAUUAAUAGACCGUUCUGUAGAUUUACUUUCACCUUUAGUUACACAAUUAACAUAUGAAGGAUUAAUAGAUGAAAUUUUUGGAAUAAGAUAUAAUGCUGUACAACUACCAGCAAGAAAAUUUCACGAUUCUCAAGACUCCCCAACAACAAUGUCACUUAAUGAAAAAGAACAAAUUAUAUUAAAUUCUGGAGAGGAAUUAUUUGCGGAAAUUAGAGAUAAAAAUUUUAAUGGAGUAGGACCUGUCCUUAGUAAAAAAGCUAAAGUUAUUUCAUCACAAUUCGAUGAAAGACAUGGAGAUAAAAGUGUUCAAGAAAUUAAACAAUUUAUAGCUCGAUUACCACAUAUGUUGGCUACUAAGCAAUCAUUAGCAAAACAUACAACAAUAGCAGAGAUGAUAAAAGAAGUAACAGAUUCUAGUAGUUUUUUAGAAUCACUGCAAAUAGAGCAAGAGUUGUUGAAUUGUAUCGAUACAGAUAAACCAAACACCUUUAUAGAAGAUAUGAUAGUACAACAACAACCACUUUUAAAAGUUUUACGGCUUCUUUGUAUACAAUCUUUAACAAAUUCUGGACUUAAACCAAAAUUAUUGGAUUAUUAUAAAAGAGAAAUAAUACACACGUAUGGAUAUCAUAAUUUACCAACUAUAUUAAAUUUAGAAAAAGCCGGAUUAUUAAAACAACAACAAUCUGCGCGUCAGUAUGCAGUUUUACGAAAAACACUAAGACUUACUGUUGAAGAUGAAAGUGAAAUUACACCAAAAGACAUUAGUUAUGUUCAUUCUAUAUAUGCACCACUAAGUGUUCGACUAGCAGAGCAGCUUGUACAACCAAAUGGCUGGCAAGGUUUAAAUGAUGUUAUGGGAUUAUUACCGGGUCCUACUAUUAAUAUAUCAUCAUCUGGAAAAAGAAAUUCUAUUACUAGCGAAGACUCUAAUUCAGAACCACCAAAGUUAAUAAUGGUUUUCUUUAUUGGAGGAUGUACAUUUGCAGAAAUUUCGGCGCUGAGAUUUCUAUCUCAACAAGAAGAUUUAAACGUAGAAUUUGUUAUCUGCACUACGAAACUAAUAAAUGGAAACACAUUCUUAAUGUCGUUAAUGGAAAACCUGGAAAAUGUAUAAUCAAACAAAAUUGAAUAUUUUAUGUGUGAUGUAAAUUGCUGAUUACGUGAUAUUGAUACAUAUUUUUUGAAAAUAUGUGUAAAUUCCUCUAAUAGGCACAUCUCCUAAGAAAGUACAGUAAUACAUGUACAAUGUGAUAAAAUUAUUAAUUUAUGCCUAUAGAAGUUUUUUAUAAGCAUUUCUUUGCAUUAUUCACAUAUAUCAAAUUACAUAUUUACAGCUAAAAAAAUCACUUUUUGUAUAAUAUGUAAAUUAGAUAUAAUCGUAUGUAAUACAAAUAAAUAUUAAUAACUUUUCUUGUAUUGCAGAUUGGACUAAAUCAAAUCUUUAUAGCAUAGUAAAAUUUUUU